AUGGAGGAGAUCGUCCGGCACUUCCUCAAGUGCUCCCCGGAUCCAGACGCACCAUACGUGGCUGUGGCGAGGGGUGCGGAUGGGGUCCCCCGCCUCCUCAGCAGGGCUGCGCUGGGGACGCUGGCUGACUCGCUGGGCCGCCUGGGCAUCAACGCCCCCUACAUGCUGCAGGCCCACUUCCAGCCCCUGCUGGACCUGCGCUACAUCACCACCUACAACAACGACGGCACCUGCACCUCCUGCCAUACGCACCAGCGUCGCUUCAGCCUGCGGUAUAGCCCUCCCCCCGGCGGCGCUUGGGCCGCCCCCGCCCCCGACGAUCCCCCCAGGGACCCCACCGAGGGCUCUGACCGGGGCCUAGGGCCCGUUGACCCCGCCCUGAAAAUGACCGCCCGCCGCACCGUGCAGCACCUGGCGCAGUACUGCCAGAGGGCGCACGGUGCCUCCCUGCGCUCCCUGGUCUGCGAGUUCGCACGGGACGCGACGGGCGCGCUGUGCCUGCUGGGUGUCCUGCGUGCCGACUGGGCGUCCAGCACGGCAGGUCGUGGCGGCGAGCCCUGGGCGUCGGCCAACUUCCUGCCGGCUACCGCGGAGGCCUCCUGGGAGGGGGAGCCCGAGAUCGCGGCCUUUCGGCCGCCGACAGUGCCGCCGCCUGGCAGUCGGGGGGACCAGAGUCGUGCAGAGGCGCUGGGCAAGGCGUGGGCGGCCGAACUGGGCAGGCAGGACAUGGCAGAGCCCGCGCUUUCCCCAGGGCUGGAUGGCGGCAGCCCUGGUGUGUCGGGGCUGCAGCGGGAUAGGGCCCGGCAGACCCGCCGCCUGCUGCCCUACUCCAUGGUCAAGGGUGGGGCGGUGCUGACCUCCCACCUCACCCGCCAACUUGUGGGCGUGGUGGACGACCUGGCGGCCAAGUCGGAGCUGGCCGAGCGGCUGGUGGAGGAGAUCAGGGCGCUGCAGCACGACCGGCACGUCACCACGCAGGCCUUUGACACGCUGACCACCAACCUGCAGGCCGACCUUGAGGCCGCCAGAUCACAGGUGGGGGAGCUGGUACAGGAGCGGGAAGCCCUCUCCUCCCAGCUGGAGACGGCCAAGGUGGUGGGUGCGGCGGCGGCCGCCGCCCGGGAUGACCUCAGGGCCCAGCUGCAGAGCGAGCGGGGCGUGGUACUGCAGGCGCUGCGGGAGGCGGAGCGCGCCCAGCGUGGGGCCGAGGAGGAGGCGGUGCGCGCCCGGGCGGAGGCCGCAGAAGCCCAGCGCCUGCUCAGGCAUGCAGCGCGGGAGGAGAGAAUCGGUGUGGAUGCGAUGAAGCGGCAGGCAGUGCUGUACCACACCGCCCUGACCUCGGCGGGGCUGGCCCACAUGGUGUCGGGGGACGGGAAUGCGAGCUUCCUCCGCGCCAACCAAUUAUCGGCCGAGGCAGCGAGGCCAGAGGUCCGCUUCUGGCAGGUCCUCCAGUUCCUGGACCCCCAGCUUCAGCUGCAGGCCGACCACCACGGCGAGCGCUACUCCCUGACUCAGCUGCUUCACACCUGGCAGGCGGACCUGCACUCGGUUUUCCUCAACUACUGCCUGUAUGACCGCGAGUUUGCCAAGGCAUGGCCGCCCCAGCUGGGAAUCCAGGGCUGGACCGCAUUCCUGAAAGAGUCAGGGGUUUCCACCUCCACAGCCAAGCCUGGCGCAGAGAAUGCGACGGGAGAGGCCGCCCUGGAGCUGUUCUCGAGGCUGGCAGAGGGACAGGGCAGUUGUGAGGAGCCCGGCGGGUCGGCGGAGCCUGGCACGGAUGCUCUAGCUCAGCAGGGCGCAGAGCCUUCCCCCGUCACGGCCUCUGCGUCUGCUGUACCACCUUUGCCCUCGGCAGAGCCUGCCAGGCUGGGCUUCCAGCUGUUUUGCGUGGCUCUGGUCCGCCUAGCACGCUUGCUGAGCGAGGCGCGGCAGCCGCCGCAGCCUGUUGCCGCUGCAUCCCUCACAUGUGGACACUGCAAGAACCUGAAGCCCGAGUGGGAGAGGGCAGCGACUGCCCUGAAUGGCAUGCUGACCGUGGCAGCCGUGGAUGUGGACUCUGAGAAGGAUCUGGGGGCGGAGUACAAGAUCCAGGGCUUCCCCACCAUCAAGCUCCUGGUCUCCCGGGGUCAAGGCAAGCCCGCCCGCGCUGUGGAGUACAAGGGCGGCCGCACGGCGGCAGAAAUCGUGUCCUGGGCCAUGCAGCAGGCCGCCAAGGUGGCUGACAAGCGGCUGGGCGGCGGCGAUGGAGCCUCCGGCGGCCCAAAGCAGGGCGCCAGUGCCAGGGCGAGCGCCAACGCCAAGGCUGGCCAGGCCCCAGAGGAGCCUGGGUUUUACAAGGGCACAGACGUCGUGGAGCUGACGGAUGAUACCUUCCACAAGGCACUGUCAGAGUCUGGCACGCCGUUUUUCGUCGAGUUUUAUGCCCCAUGGUGUGGCCACUGCAAGGCGCUGAAGGCGGACUGGAUCGACCUGGCGCGCAGGCUGAGCGGCAAGGUGGGCGUCGCCGCCGUCGACUGCACCGUCUCCAAGCAGACCUGCGCGGAGUUUGGCAUCCAGGACCGCAUCAAACUCAAGGCCAUGGGGCCACUCACCUCAUUCUCUUCCUCCCCCCCCCCCCCCCCCCACGGCUUCCCCACCAUCAAUUGGUUUGCCACUGGGGAGUCCCAGGCCGAGGCGUACCAGGGUGCCAGGGACGCAGGUGCCCUGGAGGCCUUUGCGCUGGCUCGCUGGGCAGCCACGGCCCCGCCCCCGGAGGUGAAGGAGCUGGUGGACCAGCACAUCUGGGAGGAGGCCUGUGUCGGCCACCCAGCAGAGGAGGACGCGGGCGUGCCCGAGCUCAAGGCGAAGCAGCUGUGUGUGAUCGCCUUCCUCCCCGACAUCCUGGACUCGGGCGCUGCUGGGCGCAACGACGCCAUCGAGGCGCUCAAGACUCUGGCGGAGAAGUUCAAGGACAGGCCCUUCUCCUUCCUGUGGGCGGCCGGGGGGUCACAGCCAGCCCUGGAGGCCAACUUUGGGAUCGGGGGGUACGGCUACCCCGCGCUCGUCGCGGUCAACCCGGCCAAGGGCAAGUUCUCCAGCCUGCGCAGCGCCUUUGAGGCCGCUAAUGUCCUGGAGUUCAUCAACUCGGUGCGGACGGGGCAGGAGCGGGUGGAGCCUGUCACCGGCGCCCUGGCUGCCCUGACCACAACCGACCCCUGGGAUGGGAAGGAGGGGGUCCUGGAGGUGGAGGAAGAGUUUUCACUGGAGGACCUCAUGGGCAAGGAGGAGCUGUGA